AUGGCCAUGUAUCAGGCUAUCCGACGCGGCGGCGGCGCACCUAGGCGCUUUGACGAGUACUUUCGUUGCUACCCUAUUGCCAUGUUGCCCGGCCCAGAGCGCCCAGAAGCAAACCACGGCGGAAAGGUGUUCCUUCCUCCCAGCGCUCUCGACAAGCUCACCAGGCUGCACAUCACAUAUCCUAUGCUCUUCGAGCUCAUCAACGGAAAGCAGGACGGAAAGAAGACACAUGCAGGUGUGCUGGAGUUCAUUGCAGAGGAGGGUAAGAUCUACCUGCCAUACUGGUUGAUGGAGACGCUCAAGCUGGAGCCCGGCGACCUCUUACAAGUCAAGUCGACCGACAUACCUCUCGGCACCUUUAUCAAAUUGCAACCGCAAGAUUCUUCCUUUCUCGAAAUCUCGGAUCCAAAAGCUGUUCUUGAAAACGCGUUUCGGAACUUUUCAUGUCUUACCACGGGCGAUAUAUUCACUUUUGCGUACAACGAUAAUGUAUACAGUAUAGCUGUGCUCGAGACCAAGCCAGAACAUCCAAGCAAGGCUGUAUGCACCAUUGAAACGGAUCUGUCGGUCGACUUUGCACCACCAGUGGGUUACCAAGAGCCGCAGAGGACAAGCGGGACAAACACCCCACGCAGCGGAAAGGGUGUCAUGACUGGCAAGGGCGGAACUCUGCACGCGCACGGCACCAUGGCGGAUGCGAUCAAUUACGCGGCUAUUGCGCCAUCGGCAACAACUGCCGCCAAUGGGGCAAAAGCAACAUCAUCCAAUUUUCUUACAACCGGUCACAAACUUCUUAAGAAGGGUAGCAAGGCACCCACCCCGCAAGCCUCUACACCGGUGGCAGGACAAUCCACUAACCCACCCCCAACCGUGCGACGCACAAAUGGACCGCAGCCCCUUCGGUUACCACCCAACAAGCUGUUCUUCGGGUAUGAAAUCACGCCGCUCAAGAACAAGGAAGAAGCAGGCGAGCAAAAGGAGUCGAAGCACUUUGAGGGUGGGGGUCAAACUCUGCGAAAGAAGAAGGGGGAUAAAUAA